UCGUUAGUAGAGAACAGCCCGAAGCUGAAACAUAUCGUUACAUUCCCGCCACUUUGGAAAUUAACGGACUGCACACCAACUGUACAGAAAACAUCCAAACCAUCUCCCUCUUCUUCCACUCUCAACCUCACCCAUGAACUUCGCGUACCGUCCCAUCACAACGGUCACAUUCCCCUGUCUCCCACUAAACCCUAAUCCCAAAACCCAAAUUGCCCCAAAAUUCACUCACCUGCGUUCACUGAACAAAACCCUUAUACAAGUAAAGACAAGAUUAAGCCACCAAAUUAGAGCCUCAGCAAGCGAUAGUAGUCAAACCCCGUGGUGGGUGAACGUGUUGCCAACCAAAGCUUUCGGAGCCGAGAAAUUUCUUCGGCUGAUUUCAGGUGCCACCGCUAGCCCCAUUUGCCAGUACGUGUCGGAACCCAGCACGUUUCUUCAUUCUGUGGACCCCAGAAUCAAAUUGGUUUGGCUUUUGGCUCUAGUUGUUUUACCAGCAAGGUCACAUAUAAUACUGCGUUUUGGAUUAGUAGUAUACUUGGCCGUUUUGUCAAUAUGGAUUCUUCCAAGACAUACAUGGAUGGACCAACUGGGAAGAGUGUCUUUGAUUUCUGGAAUUUUAUUCAUUACGUUGGGGCUGGGUUCAGAUGGUGUGCCACCCCUUGUUCAGUUAAGAACCCCACCUCCUGCAAUGAUUGGAUUAUCAAAUCUUCCUGCAUCUCUGGGAGGUUACUCAUAUUUAAUUAUGAAGCUAGGGCCAUUACAUUUUACAAGGAAGGGGUUGUCUGUAGCAAGCACAGCUGCUUGCUUAACCUUUACUGUUUUUCAAAGUGCGAGCCUUUGCCUGACAACCACAACCCCUGAAGAACUUGCAUUUGCCUUGCGGUGGUUUAUGCUCCCUUUGACACGUAUUGGUGUGCCAGUGGCUGAAAUAAUUCUGACCCUCAUGCUUUCAUUGAGGUUCAUCAAUCUCGUGUUUGAUGAGGUACGUAAUGUUGCAUUGGGGAUUGUAUCUCGUAGGAUAAACUGGGAACAGUUGACAAUGAUGGAAACACUGGAUGUUUUCUUUGCCUACUUUCGUCGGAUCUUCACAAAUAUCUUUAGCCAUGCAGAGCAGAUUUCGCAGGCAAUGAUUGUCAGAGGUUUUAGAGGGGACAGCAACGCUCAUAAGAUUUACUUGUUGUCAGAUCCAUCCAUUGGAACAUCAGAUAUCGUUUCCUUGUUAAGCCUGGUUACUGUAAUAGGUGCUUCCGUUUUGUCUGACUACUUUCUAGUAUGAUAUGCAGUGCAACUCAUCCUUGGGGAAAAAGAUUGUUGAUGAUAUGGUACCAUAUAUAUACAUACACAUGUUCGAACCAGCUGUUAAUUUUGGUGGAACUGUAUGAUUAGGCUGUAGAUUUUUGCAAUGUACGGAGCAUAUUUCGUCAGUAGUACCUACAGAGAAGUGUGGAAUUUGCUCAUCAA